CUCAGUGUAAACAGUCCGGAGGUUGUGUUAUGUGUCAGGGGUAGAGACAGGGGUAGUGAUAUUUCGGUCGGACGAUAAAUGGGAAGCGUGUGAAAGGAAGAGUGACAGCGUGUUUCGCGCUGUUUGUGCUGCAGUAAGGGAGCAGGAAGCGGCUCACAGGAGCUUAAAACAUCACAUGCAGCUUCACAGAGGGCCUGUGUGAGAGCAGCUCUGUCUGAAAACACUGGACUAAAACACUGGAAAACCUUCACGGGACUACAUUAGUUGAAGUAGGGUCCAUGGAGGAGCUGGAGCCAGAAGAGCAGUUCCUGCGGUAUGCCCGCAAUGGUGAUCUGUCUGGGGUCCAAAGGCUCCUCCUGGCCAAGAUAAGGGAAGAGACACAGCUCAGUAUUAAUUGCAAAGGAAAAAGUAAAUCUAACCUGGGAUGGACACCUCUUCACUUGGCCUGUUAUUUUGGACACAAAGACGUAGUGGAGGAACUGCUUAAGGCGGGGGCAGAUGUUAACUUGCCCAAUAAUAUUGGAGAUACGCCAUUGCACAAAGCUGCCUUCACAGGAAGAAAGGAGAUUGUCAUGCUGCUGCUGCACUAUGAGGCAUGUGCUACUGUCAUCAAUGGGACAGCACAGAUUCCCAAAGAUGUUACUCAAGAUGCAGAGAUCAGAAACAUGCUGGAAGCGGCUGAGAGAACAGAGGAGAGGAAACUGGAGGAGAACCUUCUGGAUGCUGCACGGGAAGGAGACCUUUCAACACUAACUAAGCUGCUCUGUAGGAAGAAGCCUCCAGACAUCAACUGCACAGAUUUGCUGGGUAACACUCCGCUGCACUGUGCAGCCUAUCGAGGUCAGAGGCAGUGUGCCCUGAAGCUGCUCAAGGGUGGAGCCAACCCCAACAUCCAAAACAAGAAUGGCCAAACAGUAUUUGACCUGGCCAGUGAUGCAGCGAUGAAGCAGAUUCUUGAGGGCAACGUUCAUCGAGGCAUGACCCGACAUGUUAAGAAGUACGAGGGACCUCUCUGGAAGAGUUCCAGAUUUUUUGGAUGGCGUUCUUACUGGGUCGUCCUUCAGGAUGGUGUUAUAUCCUGGUACUCAAAACAGUCAGAUGCAGCUGCCAGUGAAAGAAGGCAGGGCUGCAAGUCCCUCACUAACGCUCAAUGUUUGAUGCGAGCCAAAGAUAACAGCUUUUUUACUCUCAAGUGCUUUGAUGACAGUGUGCAUCACUUUAAAGUAUCACCUAAAAAUGACCCAGAGGGAACGAGAAAAGCAUGGCUUGAUGCAUUAGAGGAGCACUCAGCCUACAGCACAUACUACUGCUCCCAAGAGCAAGGGAGCGAAGAGGAGGACGACGAAGAAGUGAUGAUUUCGGAGCUAACAAGCUCGCUACAGGCUGCAGAGCUCAGCCAGAAAAGCCUGGAGAAGGAGGUCGCAGCUUUCCUGUCCAUGCUGAAGAAUGACGAGCUGUCAGAAAAAUUUCCAUCAACUAUACUGCAGAAAAUGCAAGAAAUAUGCGAGUUAUCCAGCAAGACCACAUCCAGCCUCAAUGUCUGUCUCAGCCUCUUCUCCAGACAGGAAGGGGUGCGCAGUCUGAAAUUGGAGCAGGAGGUGGAGAAGAAUAAGAUCCUCUCCGAGGCACUGCAGACUCUUGCCACGGAGCACCACGAACUUGAGCAAUCCGUCGUCAAGGGAUCUUCACCACGGAGUGCCCUCAGCGAGGAUGAGUUCCACGACGCCGUUUCUGACUCAGACUCUGAGCUCUCUCUGAGCGGCUUUGAGACAGUAGCCAGCCAUUCCUGCGAGGAAGACGAGGACGAGGACGAAGGCUCUGUCAUGUUAAGCAGCCCUUGCAGCAGCCCCACCAGCACGCUGGAGGAGGAUCACCAUGGUGACAAGGCUGAGACUCAACCCAAUGGGAUAACAAAACAUAGGACAAGCUUACCUGCACCAAUGUUUUCGAGAAAUGAUUUCAGCAUCUGGAGUAUCCUGAGGAACUGCAUUGGAAUGGAGCUCUCCAAGAUUACAAUGCCAGUGAUUUUCAAUGAGCCGCUCAGCUUCUUGCAGCGUCUGACAGAGUACAUGGAGCACACGUAUCUCAUCCACCAAGCCAAUGCAUCUUCAGAUUCUAUUGAGAGAAUGAAGUGCGUGGCUGCGUUUGCAGUGUCUGCUGUGGCCUCCCAGUGGGAGCGAACAGGGAAACCCUUCAACCCUCUGCUGGGAGAAACCUACGAACUGGUCCGGGAGGAUCUGGGCUUCAGGCUCCUCUCAGAGCAGGUGAGCCACCACCCUCCGAUCAGCGCCUUCCACGCUGAGGGCUUGAAGCGUGACUUUGUUUUUCAUGGAUCUAUUUACCCCAAACUCAAGUUCUGGGGCAAGAGUGUGGAAGCUGAGCCGAAAGGUACCAUCACACUGGAGCUGCCCAAGUACAAUGAAGCCUACACAUGGACAAAUCCCACAUGUUGUGUUCACAAUAUCAUUGUUGGUCAGCUGUGGAUUGAACAGUAUGGAAAUGUGGAGGUGGUCAAUCACAGAACUGGCGAAAGGUGCUACCUGAAUUUCAAACCAUGUGGCCUUUUUGGAAAAGAGCUGCACAAAGUUGAAGGAUAUAUUCUGGAUAAAAGCAAAAAGAAGCAGUGUGCUCUCUAUGGGAAGUGGACAGAGUGCCUCUAUGUUGUUGACCCAGCGGCCUUUGAAGCGCACAAGAAAAACAACAAAAAAGGGGCAGAGGAGAAGAAGGGCAGCAAUGCGGGCUGCACUGAGGAUCAGGAGGAGGUUCCCUCACCACCUGCAGACACUGUGGAGGUGAUUUCUGGCAGCAAGCUGCUGUGGAAAAUAGCACCGAGACCAGCUAACUCUGCCCAGAUGUACAACUUCACAUCGUUUGCGAUGCAGCUGAAUGAGCUGCAUAAGGAGACAGAGGGAGUCAUCCCUCAGACUGACUGCAGGCUCAGACCAGACAUACGAGCCAUGGAGAACGGUGACAUCGACCUCGCCAGCGAGGAGAAGAAGAGGCUCGAGGAGAAGCAGAGAGCUGCUCGGAAAAACCGCUCCAAAGCGGAUGAAGAGUGGAAGACGAGGAGCCCCGCCCUUGGCCCGAGGUGGUUUCAACAGGGGCAAAACCCCCACACCAACUCCCAGGACUGGCUCUUCUGUGGUGGAUACUGGGACAGGACAUACGGCCAGCUGCCAGACAUUUAUUAAAGGACUUUCUCUGCACAAAGAAAUGACCACCUGAGCAGCAUUAACUGUUUUUUUUUUUUUUUUUUUAAUGGAAUAUUACAAGACCAAGCAAUAUGACUCAAGUGUACUUAAACAAUGUGGCCUUAAUCUGCUUUAUGGUGGUACAGCUGUGCAGAAAAUGUUAAAAAAUAUAUAAACGUGUUUGACAGUGUGGCAUUCACAUUUACUUAGAGACCGGAGUUUUCUCUUUAUAAUGGACUUUUAGCACAGUGGAUAGGGUUUGUGAUUUUUACUGUCCAUCUGUCGUCUUUUAAAUGUUCAUAAUAGUGUUUUGACUCCAAUUGUAUAUCUGUGUAUAUAUACUUUCCAUAAAUUCAACCAUCACUGACCUCAUGUUAUUUACAUUUACUCUGGAUUCGUGUUACACAGAAAAAUCCACUAAUCAUUUUCUCCUGUAGUUUGCUUUGUGAAAGAAAAAAGAUUAUUGAAUAAAAUAUACUGUAUAUUUUCUGUAUUAAUCCCAACCAUAUAAAGUUACUUUAAGAACCUA